UCCUGUCGUUUUAUGCGGUGUGGCGCUAAAACCAUAAUUUCUCAUUUAGUCGCUUACGGUCACCUCCAUGUUCAACGCAAAAAUGGUUCCAAAAUUUCAAAGAGCAGCGGCAUUGCCAUAAAUUCAGUUUAUCUUAUCAAUAUCCAAAGUCCCGCUUUAUUAAGCAUAUAAAAUAAUCCAGAAAGUAGAGUGUGACCCCGGAGUGGCCCCGCUGUGUCAAACCGUGAUGAUCGCGGUGAUGUAUGAGCAGUGACGCAGCGGCCAUUUUCCCGCUGGACGCUGCUUCCCAUUGUGGAUAGGAAGAACAAAACAGUCAAGCGAAACAUUACUGACGACUUACACUCACUUUCACUACAGGUGAUCUGUAACAGCCAUGGCUCGUACCAAGCAAACCGCCCGUAAGUCCACUGGAGGCAAAGCUCCACGUAAGCAGCUGGCCACAAAGGCAGCUCGUAAGAGUGCCCCUUCCACUGGUGGGGUCAAGAAGCCCCAUCGUUACAGGCCUGGUACUGUGGCUCUGCGUGAGAUCCGUCGUUAUCAGAAGUCCACUGAGCUGCUGAUCCGUAAGCUGCCCUUCCAGCGUCUGGUGAGAGAGAUCGCCCAGGACUUCAAGACCGACCUGCGUUUCCAGAGCGCAGCCAUCGGAGCCCUGCAGGAGGCCAGCGAGGCUUACCUGGUGGGUCUGUUUGAGGACACCAACUUGUGCGCCAUCCACGCCAAGCGUGUCACCAUCAUGCCCAAAGACAUCCAGCUGGCACGUCGUAUCCGCGGAGAGCGUGCCUAAAGCACUUUCUCUUCUUCUUCACCUCUGUUCCUUCCCUUCCUGCCUUUACUAUUCUGUCUUUCCGUCCCUCCAACCUUCACAAGCCGCCUCAUCCCCUCUUUCCCCUCUCCCUUCCCUGUGUUAGUAGUGUGUAGAGGAAAGCUGAUUAUAUUAUAAUGAAAGUGUAUAGUCGUGUUUUCUUAGUGCUCUCGGCAGCAGACUUCUAGGGUACUCUAUUUUUGUGCAUGUACCAACUCUGGGAUGACGAGUCCCAAUCAAGCACACAUUCCCUUGUUUGUCCUGCCUGUGAUUGUGAGGGAGGAAACAGUUUGUGGCAGCGAUAGGGACGACCACAGAUUGUGAAAAUGCAAUGCAAUUGAGGAAGGUUGGAACAGGUGGGGAGGACAGGUCUGUUUCUGCUGGGGGGUCCGGUCUCCACAGCAGGGUGCUAGAAGAACUCACCCUUUCCUCUUCCCCUGCUUUACGCCUUCCUCCAGCUCUACUCAGACACAGGCAGAAACACGGGGGUGUUGGCUGAGUGUUGGCUCUCAUCACCUCAGAAGCUUGUAUACAGUCCAUUUUUGCUUACCAUAUUGAUCACUGAUGUUCUCCGUCAUGUCAAAAUUUUCUUUUGAUUAUUGUUUUUUUCUUUCUUUUUGCUCAGAUUAGUUGUUGAUAACUGAGAUGGGGGGAUGAUUCAGAAUAAAAGGCAGAACAAGGAGGCAGAUUUAUUAUUUUUUCACUAAAAAUUAUUCUCCUGACCUGUUCUGACACUAUGGCCUGAUCUUUAUCCUAUAGGCCUUCAUUUCCUAACAAACUGAAAUUUCUUAUCGCCUACUUUUUUUGUGGUGUUCACAUUGGUUAUGUACCUAAAGCCAAAGCAGAAUGUGUUGGAUAUCUUUUGUAGCAAUUGUUCACAUAAAAUAGAGCGCCUUUGUAAAUCAAAGGUAUGCGCAUGCUCUCUAAAACCAAAAUCUGUCACAGAAUAUAAUUGAUGUUUUUUAGAAAAACAGAAAAAAAUUCAACAAAAUGUAUCCUUAAUUCAUGUGAAGCAGGUAAUAAUACUAAUCUUUUUUUUUCUGUAUACAUCCCCCUGUACAGAACUCGUUUCCCCUUUGGAUCAGUUGAUCAUGUUUCUCAGGUCACUAUUUUAACAUUAUUUUUAUUUGUUUUUGUUCAGUUUUGAUUCUUCCUCUUAUUUUGUUAUUUUUCUUUCUUUUUUUUAAUUUUGAAAAUGUUUGAAUAAACAAUGUUUGUAAUUUCCAGAUUUGUCAUAUAAGGUGGUAAUAAAUGGAUGUUACACACAC